UCAAGCAUAACAGGGGGCUGACAUAAAAACUACUUUACGCUCCAAAAGAUGAAAAAGUGAAAAUCCAUAGGCAUUUUUAAAUAAAAAAUAAGUGACACGAGCGCGCGCGGGGCCAUACACUCGUCGCUAGCAGCGUGGCGUACAAAUUAUGCUAAAAAGCAUCAACGCUGCCUUCAAAUAUGCAGAAAAUAAAUCCAACAACGCCAGCGCCAGCAGGAACAUCGCUAGCGACAACAGCACUAGAUAGCGUCGCGACAAUUUCAAGUGCGACGCCACCUUCAGCAUCCGGAUCCAAUGCAAGGAGCAAGAGCAGCGAACGUGGCAACUCCAGUGGUCCAGCGUACGCCGCCUCAAAGCAACAACAACAGCAACCACAACAGCAACAGGAAGAAACAACAUCGAGCUGCAAGCAGCAGGAACUGCAGCAUGAGCAACCGAUUGCCAUACAUUAUCUGGCCAGCUUUCAUGAGAUCUGCGUGGUUACGGCCCUGCUGCCAUUAGUAACGCUCUUCACAUGCUUUGUGACCGCCUACAUAUUCCAGUACGACGAUGUACACGAAACACAUUGCCGGGUUUACAACAUAAUACCCUCGAUAAGUGCAAUUACUGGCGUUAGUCCGCAGCGUUAUUUCUGGCGCGCCAGCAUUGCGCUGCACAUCGGGCCGCGCAUACCCAUUGCCUUUGUCUACAAGAACUAUUAUCGCGCCCAAUUGGCGCGGCUUGCCCCGUCUCUGGUGCCAAAGACAAGCUGGCUUAUCUCAUUAAUUUUGGUGCUAAACUGCAUUGAGAUUGCGGCGUUGGGUGGAGUGACCUAUAUAUCGAAUCGCGAGAAUUAUCCCGUUCAUGAGAGGAUCUUUAUUACAUUUAUGGUUUGCUCGCUGUGCUACAUGCUGGCUACCAUUCAUCUAAAUGAUAUAUUGAAUGCACGCAAAACUCUAAGCGCACAACAAAUUCAGUCCAUCAAAUGGAAGAAAAUACUCUUUGUUGUCUCCAUACUGAGCACCAUUGGUCUCUUGGUCUUCUUUGCCAAACACCGUUUCUAUUGCCAUGAUUUGGCAUUCAGUUGGUUUGCAUUCUUUGAAUAUUUGAUUGCCAUUGCCAAUAUGCUGUUCCAUUUUACCAUUAUCUGGGACUUUCCAUCUCAGUUCAUGCUUAUUGUGCAGGGACCGCGUGAGAAUCUGACGCAGUAUUUGGCCGCUAAGCCGAAAUCCAACUAAGCCCAUACUUUUUAAUUUUUGUUAUUUAUAAAUAGUACACACACAUUAACACAGACACAUAAUCGUAUUAGCAUACAUAUAUAGAAUGUAUUGCACCUAUAUAGAAUGAACCCUGACGAAACGUGCAACUCAAUUAAACUUCUUUUCUUGUGUCAUUAAUUCAAAACCAGCGCUUCCAUAGCCAAAUGAAAUGAAUAUGAAAAUGUAAUAUUAUAUAUUGUUUCUUAAAGUUCCAAUUUGUCAGUUAAUUAAACCAGAUUAACGAUUAAUACGGCAUUAUGUUAACUAUACGUACAAAAUCCAAAAGUUCCACAUUUUCACCAUAAGUAAAUUAAACAUAUUGUAUUAAACAGUAUUGUGCGACCUAAAUCAACCAAGUUAUUUAAGAAAUACUUUAUCGAAUUCCACAAAAACGUCAUCCAAAUAAAGCAUGUGAACCUGUAGGCUGCUCAUCUGUUUAACGAUCUUUCAUAAAAAAGUCUAAAUCUGUUAUUGAAUAAUUUUGGCAUAAGUCUAAUACAUGCAUAGGUGUGCAGCUAAGGGAGAUAUGUAUCAACUAAUUAUAGAUCAAUUUCGUAAACACGUUAUGCUGUUCAUCUUUUGAACGAGUUUCAUUUUAUAUAAAUAUAUAUUGCGUAUUAUAUUUGUUUCAAUACGUAAAUUCUAAGAUAGUAUACGAUAACGAAAUAUAUAUAUAAUUCUUAGUCGAAACAAGUUUGAUCUAUUAACAUACCAAAUUUGGUGUCUUUAGCUUUAAUAUUAAGGGGUUAACGAGCAAACGGAUAUGGCUUAAUCGAGAUGUGUAUCUAAAUGCUGAAUAGAGUUCUUUUGCAACCCUUUGAACACAGGUAUUCAACCGUUUUGCCCUAAUAGAUAAACUUAUAUUGGUCUAGAUGAAAUUUUUAAGUCAAAAUAUUCUUAAUUUUUUUUUAUUGUGCUCAAUAUUCAAGAUAAUGUGUACCUAUGUGGUGUAUAUACCUGUAUAACAUGCCUACGUAUAUAUGUAUGUACUUGAACCUACCCAAUAGUCAGUUAACUUAGGUAUUUUAUUCUAAAUUAACUAGUAGUUUCCAUAUAACGCAUUAAUUUUGGCCGUUGCUGUUCUUUGAUGAUCUCAUGUCAAUUGUCAUAGAAGGCGUAACUCAUUUGUUAAGCAUAGGGUUAAAAACAAUAUUUGGAACUACAGUCUAUAUAUACAUAUACACAUCUAUAUAUAUACACAUGUACAUCAAUACAUAACACGUUAGCGGUACAUAUCGUUUAUACAUUCGAAAUAUAAAAAGAAAAAACAAAGAGAAAACUACAAAAAAAAAUUGUAUUGGCGGGCCUAUGGUUUAUGUAGCGCUCUCCGACUCACCAGUUAUAACAGGAGUAUUACACACUUAUUCUAAAACCAGAAAAAAAUUCAGACAAUAGCCAUUUAAGCUGAGACCAGCAACGAACAUCAUUAAAGAAAU